AUGGAGGAAAAUAAUGACACAGCGGUGGCUGAGUUCAUCUUGCUUGGACUAUCUGGUUACCCCAAGGCCCAGGCAGUGAUGUUUGCAGUUUUCCUAGUGGUCUACCUUGUAACACUCCUAGGCAAUGGCCUCAUGGUUGUCUUGAUCAUCGUUAGCCCUCUCUUGCACACUCCUAUGUAUUUCUUCCUCAGCAACCUUUCCUUCUUGGACAUGUUCUAUACCACCUGCAGUGUUCCACAGAUGCUGGUCAACUGCUUCGCCCACCGACCCACCGUUUCCUUUGUGGGGUGCCUAGCUCAGAUGUACAUCACCCUCUUCCUCGGCAUAGCAGAGUGUUUCUUGCUGGCUGUCAUGGCCUAUGACCGCUUUGCUGCUGUCUGCAGCCCUUUGCAUUAUACCCUCAUCAUGAGCAGGGAGACUCUGAUUCAGCUGGCAGCCACAUCUUGGGCUUUUGCCUUGCUGUUGACCCUUAUUGCAGUGGUGUUGCAGUCAACAUGUUUUUGUGGUCACAACAUCAUCAACCAUUUCACCUGUGAGCUGCAGGCUUUUCUGAAAGUGGCCUGCUCCAACACAAGACUUAAUGACAUGCUCAUUGUGGCCAACAGCUUUUUUGUCCUCAUCAUGCCCUUCUGCUUCAUCUUGGUGACAUACGGGCGCAUCGCCCUGGCCGUGAUGCACAUCAAGUCAGCCAAGGGGCAGAGCAAGGCCUUUUCUACUUGUGGCUCCCAUGUGCUUGUGGUCACCGUCUUCUACUGCUCAGCCAUGUCUAUGUAUUUACACCCACAGGGCAAGGUUUCCUCCAAUCGUGACAAAAUGAUCUCUGUGUUCUAUGGGGCAGUGACCCCUAUGCUAAACCCCCUGAUUUACAGCCUGAGAAAUAAGGAUGUAAAGGGAGCCUUUUGGAGACUGCUCGGAGGGAAAAUACCUGAAUGA